CGUUGAGACGCACGCGUCUCGCUCCGCCGCGUACAAUCGUAAACAUUCAUGCUAUAACUGAAAACGUAAAUAAUAACCUCAAAACUUAAGAAAACAAACUAAGUGUUUGUGUGAAAUGUUGUAAAGUGCUAAGGAAAAUGGAUGACUGAGGCGCAGUCCGACUGUCGACCAGGCAGUGAAGUGUUUACAUAUCCAGUGUACAUAUCGUAAACAUUAUAUAGAGUGUUCAAGUCAUAGGUAUAGGUUAGCCGAUGUACAUAUCGCAAGUGCACAUAUCGGAACUCAAAUUACACUUUGUGUACGUUUCGUAACUAGUGUUCAUAUCGUAAUAAGUGUACAUAUCGUAACUGGGCAAUCAGUAUUUUUAAUCGUAAGCUAGCGUGUUUUAAUCGUAAUAAGUGUAAGUAAAGUAACUGAUGAAACCAGUGUGUGUAUAACAUAACCAGUGCGUAAAUCGUGAUCAGUGACUUCGAGUCGCUAGAAAAUUCUCGUCUCGUAACCAAAAUAGUAGCAUAUCCAGUGUACCGUGACAGGUGUGUCUAACGUAACUCGUAACCCAGUGUGUGUAACGCGUAGUCAGUGUACCUACCUAUUGGGGUAGGUGUAUCUAAAGUUACUUGUAACCCAGUGUGUGUGUAACGUAACCAGUGUCGUAACUAGUGUAGUGUAAGUGUAGUGUAGUGAAGAUGUCGGAGCGGUUCAAGGUGACAAAGUCGGAGGAGCCGGCGAAGACGUACAAGAACUACGGGGCUACGUCGGCGGAGAGCGAUGUGGAGCUUAAGGGGAAGCUGCUUCCUGAUUCAGGCGACACCGACGAGCAUGGCCUGCCGAAAGACAAGGACAAGGGAUGCGACACCAACCUCUACCUCUACCAUGAGGAGAUCGAGGACCGUCCUCGGGCGGCGACGUUCCUCAGCUCCCUCGCCGACUACUCCAACACCAUCCCCACGGCGUCGGCGGCCGACCCCGACGCCGCCAAGCCCGCGCCGCCGGCGCGAAUGGGCACGCUCAUCGGCGUGUUCCUGCCCUGCAUCCAGAACAUCUUCGGCGUGAUUCUGUUCAUCCGUCUGACAUGGGUCGUGGGCACUGCCGGCGCUAUACAGGGCUUCCUCAUUGUGCUGGUGUGCUGCUGUACGACUAUGCUAACGGCGAUAUCGAUGUCGGCUAUCGCGACGAACGGCGUGGUGCCGGCGGGCGGGUCCUACUUCAUGAUCGGCCGGUCGCUCGGCCCCGAGUGCGGCGGUGCCGUCGGCAUGCUGUUCUACACGGGGACCACGCUCGCCGCCGCCAUGUACAUCGUGGGCGCCGUGGAGAUUGUGCUCACGUACAUGGCCCCGUCGAUGUCCAUCUUCGGCGACUUCACAAAGGACCCGAACGCGAUGUUCAACAACUUCCGCGUGUACGGCACUGGGCUGCUCCUCAUCAUGGGGCUGGUGGUGUUCCUGGGAGUCAAGUUCGUCAACAAGUUCGCGACGGUGGCACUGGCUUGCGUCAUCCUCUCUAUUACCGCCGUAUAUGUUGGCAUCUUCGUCAACUGGAACGGGAAUGACAGCCUCCAAAUGUGCGUUCUCGGCAAGCGACUGCUGAAAGACAUCCACAUCAGCAAUUGCACGAAGAAGAUGGGCGGUGAACUGGAGAAGCUGUUUUGCGCCAACAGGACCUGCGACGAAUAUUACAAGACUCAUGAUGUGCAAAUCGUCCAGGGUAUCAAAGGCCUAGCAAGUGGCGUGUUCUUUGACAACCUGCAAGACUCAUUCCUGACGCUGGGCCAGUACAUCGCGUACGGCAAGGAGCCCGAGGACAUCGAACAGAUGGACCGCCCCACCUACAACCAGGUGUACGCGGACAUCACCACCACCUUCACUAUACUCAUCGGCAUAUUCUUCCCGUCUGUGACUGGUAUCAUGGCGGGAUCGAACCGCUCCGGAGACCUGGCUGACGCCCAAAAAAGUAUCCCUAUCGGUACCAUUUGCGCCAUCCUGACCACCUCCACCGUCUACCUCUCGUGCGUGCUACUAUUCGCUGGCACCGUCGAUAAUCUGCUGUUGCGUGACAAGUUCGGUCAAUCGAUCGGCGGUAAACUAGUAGUCGCCAACAUGGCGUGGCCUAACCAGUGGGUGAUCCUGGUGGGUUCGUUCCUGUCCACCCUGGGUGCAGGGCUUCAGUCCCUGACCGGCGCCCCGCGACUGCUGCAGGCCAUCGCGAAGGACGAGAUCAUCCCGUUCUUGGCGCCGUUUGCCGUGUCGUCCAGCCGGGGCGAACCUACAAGGGCCCUGCUGCUAACAAUGGCGAUCUGCCAGUGCGGCAUCCUGCUCGGCAACGUGGACAUCCUGGCGCCGCUGCUGUCCAUGUUCUUCCUCAUGUGCUACGGGUUCGUCAACCUGGCCUGCGCGCUGCAGACGCUGCUCAAGACGCCUAACUGGCGUCCGAGGUUCAAAUACUAUCACUGGUCGCUCUCACUGGCCGGUCUGACGCUUUGCAUCUCGAUCAUGUUCAUGACGUCGUGGAUCUUCGCGCUCAUCGCCAUGGGCAUGGCUGGCCUCAUCUACAAGUACAUCGAGUAUCGAGGAGCGGAGAAAGAGUGGGGGGACGGUCUCCGUGGUCUCGCUCUCUCCGCCGCUCGCUACUCGCUCAUGCGGCUGGAGGAAGGCCCGCCACACACGAAGAACUGGCGGCCGCAGGUGCUGGUGCUGGCCAAACCCAACGACGACCUCACGCUCAAGUACCGCAAGAUGCUGUCCUUCGCCAGUCAGCUUAAAGCCGGCAAGGGAUUGACAGUAUGCGUGUCAGUCCUGGGCGGCGACUUCACGCGGCGCGCGGGCGAGUCCACCACGGCCCGGCAGAACCUGCGCCAGUGCAUGCUGGAGGAGAAGGUGAAGGGCUUCGCUGACACGCUGGUCAGCCACGACAUCGCGGAAGGCCUGAGCCACGUCGUCCAAACCAUCGGCCUCGGCGGCCUGAAGCCCAACACGGUGAUCGUGGGCUGGCCGUACGGCUGGCGGCAGUCGGAGCACGAGCGCACAUGGCACGUGUUCCUGCACACCGUGCGCGCCGUGGCCGCCGCGCGCAUGGCCAUGCUAGUGCCCAAGGGGAUCAACUUCUUCCCGGACUCCACUGAGAAGGUUGCGGGCAACAUCGACAUUUGGUGGAUCGUGCACGACGGCGGCAUGCUGAUGCUGCUCCCGUUCCUGCUGAAGCAGCACCGCACCUGGAAGAACUGCAAGAUGCGCAUCUUCACCGUCGCGCAGAUGGAGGACAACUCCAUCCAGAUGAAGAAGGACCUCAAGAUGUUCCUGUACCAGCUGCGACUGGAGGCUGAGGUCGAAGUUGUUGAGAUGACGGACAGCGAUAUAUCUGCCUACACGUACGAACGCACACUGAUGAUGGAGCAACGCAACCAAAUGCUGCGGGAACUCAGACUGAACAAGAAAGAGACCCUCGGAAUGAUGCAAAAUUUGGUGGACUAUAGUGAGCAAAACGCUGAGGAGAAGUUGCCACUGGUACAAGCCAUAGUGGACCACCACCACGCGGACGUGAAGUCUGCCAGCAAGGUGCGCUUUGCUGACGCGGCGCCCCCCGCCCCCGCGGCGCCCCCCGCGCCCCCCGGCGCCGACCCCGCGCCCCCCUCGCCCCCCGCGCGCGCCGACGACGCGCCCAGCCCGCCGCUCGACGAGACGGAGAAGGACGACAAGGACGACUUUCGCAGUAGUUUGUUGCACAUAAUCGAUUCAAUGUGGGACUCGCCCGACGAACGCUCGCAGAGUGAGGAGGCGCCGCCGCCCGCGGCCAACGCCAACGGAGACGCCAUCAAGCCCAAGCCCAUGCCGACCAUCACGCCAGACGAGGGCACGGUCCGGCGGAUGCACACAGCCGUCAAGCUCAAUGAAGUCAUCGUGUCGCGGUCGCACGACUCGCAGCUAGUCAUCCUCAACCUGCCCGGCCCGCCGCGCGACACCAAGCUGGAGCGAGAGUCCAACUACAUGGAGUUCCUGGAAGUGCUGACGGAGGGGCUGGAGCGCGUGCUGAUGGUGCGCGGCGGCGGCCGCGAAGUCAUCACCAUCUAUUCGUGAAGUGUCAACACACUAACUUCACCGCCGGCUCUCGGACUAUUAGCGCAAGGCGUUCGCGCCCUUAUGAAAGUCUUUGUGAUUCUAUCGUAACUGUUAGUGUUAUUUCAAGUUUCGUAAGAUUACAAUCGCAUGACUAUCCGCUAAAGACUGCCGCUCGGCGUCGAGUCGUUGCGAUUGCGUUCAUUUGUACAUUGUAUGUAAUUUCUUACGAUUAUUGACGUUAUUCGUUUGACUUGUACAUGUUAGGUUAGUCGAGGUUAUGUUGAGUUUGCUUAGAGUGAUUUGGAGUUUAUUCACUGUUGUAUAGAGUGUGAGUGGAGUGUGAGUGAAACGAGACGAGAAGCCUUACUAUCGGUCACGGAGUGCUUUGAUUAGUUCUAAGUUGGUUACGUUGUAGAGGCGGUAGGUAGGCCCGCCCGAGGGCGUUACUUUCUGUACGUAUUAGUUGUUGCCGUAGGACUAACUUCAACUUUCUAUUACGAACGGUUGUUUUCUAUUUUUUUAAUGAAUUGUUUUUCUAUCAAAGUUGUAUAACAUAGAUAGUUUAUAGACGUAUACAUUUAUUAAAGAAUAAACUAUGAAUAUUUUUAUCUAUUUAAAAACGUAUUUUGUAAAUAAUAAUUCUGUUCUAAGGUUUUAUAUCUGCUCAACUUAAAACUUACAGUGGGACUGAAGCGUGAAAGCGACGUACCUAAUAAAUUCGUAUUUCGCAAUUUCCGAUCGAGUAGGAUUAAAAGUAUAUAAAGCUAUCUAGUCACUUUUGACAUUAGUUACCUGAGACGGACGUCAACACACACACACCAAUUCGAUUGCCUCUAUUCGUAUACACUGUUUGUUACCGAGUUGCGUUGAAGGCCCGCGACCGCCAUGUGACGGGUUGUCGAGUGGGGGAGGGGGGAGGAGGACGCG